AUGCGUCAGUGUCCGAAAUGUAAAGCAAAAGAGUACCAUAAUCGUGCAAUGGUAAUGAUGAUCAAUGAAUGUGGUCAUCCGUUGUGCAGGAACUGUGUGGAAAAUUUAUUUGCUCGAAACAGUGGCCCUUGUCCGCAGUGCGGCAAAAUUUUGUGGAAAAAGGGAUUUUGGGUGCAAAUUUUUGAUGAUCCUAUGGUGGAGAAGGAAAAUCAUAUACGAAAGAAGUUGAAGAAGGUUUACAAUUUGAAACGAGAUGAUUUUCCAACACUACGCGAUUUCAAUGAUUAUUUGGAGCAUGUUGAAACAGUGGUAAUGAAUCUUACUUGUAACAUAGAUGUGGAGGAGACAGAAGCUGAAAUCAGCCGCUUCAAAGAAGAAAAUAGUGAGCUUAUUGAAAGGAAUAGGCGUAAGCUUGACGAAGAUCAAAUAUGGGUGCGCCAAAUGCUGGAGGAGGAACAGAAGAAGAAAAUGCACAUUGCACAGGGUGGCAUCGGUGAAGAGGAGGACUCGGAAAAAAUACUUAGUGCAAAUAAGGCAAAAGCAAUAAUUGACGAGUUGCGUGAAUCUGAUUUGCCAGCCGAAGUAAUUUUGGAUCGUCAAAGAAAGCGACAAAUUGAAGCUGAACUUGCUGAAAAAGAGGAGGCUGCAAGGCGUAAGAAAUCCAAAAUGGAAGCUCAGCAGAAACGCCUCGACACAGCAUCGUUUGCGCCAAUUCGCAUCAGCGGUGCUCCAUUUGUGUAUCAAACUCCAGAACUGUGCGUCAACGGGCCACCGCUUCCGACAGCUAAAGAUUUUUCACGACUGGCUUAUUUGGAUCAUGUAGCACCGGUCAGUAUCGACCGAUGUGUUGCUGGAUUCAGCAAGGAAAUAUGCUGUAAUCGAGCAUUGUUCGAGUCCAGAAUUGAUUUGUUCGCUGUUUAA